CUGUUGGUUGGCAUUGCUCUAUACUGCGAAGGUUUCGUGUUGGAAAUUGUUGUUUACCUUCGCAGUUGCACCUGACGUACCGAUCUACAACUAAAUGGCGUACUAACUGUUCCCAAAUAUUAAUCCGAUGCCGAUUUGGUUAACAAGUGACUGAAGGUGGAUAGUUUAAAUUUAGAGAUUUGCACCGAGAUUGGCCGUUUCGCGUGGAAGAAAGUUACACCGUCUCCUCAACUGAAGACAAGUGCUGAAGGCAUAUAAUAAUUUAGCAGACAAUCUAACUACUCGGCUGGAAGGUGAAUUGAUAUGGCUGUCACGGUGAAUCAGGUCGUCCCAGUGGCGGUCGGCGUACUGGUGGUAGUCGCCGGUGCUGUCAUUGCCAACUACCUUCUCAACAGCAGCAAGAAAGACAAAAGCAAAUCCGGCAAGGAUGAAUCGAAAAAGCCCUCCAGCUCCCAGCUGCGAACCCUGGUCGAUUCACAGGAAAAGUACCUGCUUCCACUGAUCGAGAAGGAGGAAAUCUCACACGACACCCGCCGAUUCCGGUUCGGGCUGCCAUCGGCGAAGCACAUCCUGGGGCUGCCGGUCGGUCAGCACAUUCACUUGUCGGCCACCAUCAACGAGGAGCUGGUGAUCCGAGCGUACACUCCGGUUUCCUGCGACGACGAUCACGGCUUCGUGGAUCUGGUCGUCAAGGUGUACCAGAAGGGAGUGCAUCCCAAGUUCCCGGAGGGUGGCAAAAUGUCGCAGCAUCUGGAAAGUUUGGCUAUCGGUGAUCGGAUUGCGUUCCGCGGUCCGUCCGGACGGUUGCAGUACCUGGGUAAUGGCAAGUUUUCGAUCAAGAAGCUACGCAAAGAUCCGGCGCAAAUCUACGAAGCCGAUAUGGUCAGCCUGAUUGCCGGUGGAACUGGCAUCACCCCUAUGCUACAGUUGGUUCGUGAAAUCCUCAAGCACGCCGAUACGGACAAGACUAAGCUGUCUCUCAUCUUUGCUAACCAGACCGAAGAUGACAUUCUGCUUAAACCCGAAUUGGACGACCUGGUUGCUCGCUAUCCAGACCAGUUCAAACUGUGGUACACCUUGGAUCGCCCGAAACCCGAAUGGACCCAAGGUCAGGGCUUCAUCAACGAUCAAAUGAUCAAGGAGCACCUAUUUGAACCAUCCUCGAAUACUCUGGUGCUGAUGUGUGGCCCUCCACCGAUGGUCAACUACGCUUGCAUUCCAGCACUGGAAAAGCUGGGCUACCAGAUGGAUCGUACCUUCGCUUAUUAAGUUAUUAACAAUCUCCCUCACCCGUUCCGAGAACAUCGAAAAGACAUGGUUCAUACAUUAUUACAUUUGAAUCUUACAAAAACAUGAUUGCAUUUCCAUCUUGAUACGUGCUGUGCUGCCGUCUAUUCGGAGAUCAUUACCACCACCUCUUGAACCGCUGCUGACUAUCAUCGUUGUCGUCGUCGUCGUCAUGCGCGCUCAAGUGUCCUCAGUCUGUGUCGUUUGGCGCCGUCGCCUGGCUUUAAAGUGUCGACUUCUACCGUAAAUAGGAAGAGCAAAGCAAGUGUAAGACACGGUUUCUAAAUUAUAUUUAACGUUGAUUAUAAAUGCUAGGAAAGUAAAAAGACCAAGAGCUAAUGCGAACUAACUAGGCCUAGAACUCAUUUGCAGGCUCGUAGUGGCUUUAGGGAGAAGUUUGAAUGCUAUUUAGAGGGCCCAGAUAUUUACCUAACUACCUUUACGGUGGGAUAACAAAGCGCUUGCUGUUGCUGUCCAAGACAAUGAAGUUACUCUCAAACUAAAUAGUGAGCAAAGUUCGUGAAGUACUGGUUAGCACGAUUCUUGAAUACAGUUGUAGUGUAUUGAAA